AUGGAUUUCACUAAGAGAAUUUUUAUGGGUUUGGAGAAAAAUUUACUCAAUGUUUCGACACAAGCCCAUGUCGACAAGGAGAAUGUUGAUGGUGUUUGCUCUUACCAUUAUGGUUGGUAUCUUCUCUUUUCAUUGUCGUCAAAGUCCGGAACUCAUGCCUUAUUUGGAGAAAAAUUUACUCAAUGUUUUGAGUCAGACCCAUGUCAGCUAGGGAUGCUGAAAUGCAUUGAGUUCUGCACCUCAAUGGGGACUUCUGGAUCAACAUUGCAUUUUAACUAUGGAGGAGAACCCUUGUUAUGA